AUGUCUGAAGAGCCUCAAACGCCCUCCAAGAAAACACACGCAUCGUGCUGUCUUAGCAAGAAACAAGAGGAGAAUGUUUUGAAGUAUUGUCUUCAAUAUCUCGAUUGUGGACAUGUCAGUUUGAAGGGUUGCGCGGGACGCAUUGGAAAUGCUUUAUACCACAAGCCCAAGAAGCAGAGCAAAUUGUAUCGUGCAAAGCCACUGAAUAAGAAUUGGGGGUCAACUUUCUGUUCUCGCUGCCCUGAGCUAAAAAUAGCGAUCGAAAAGGGUCAACUGUCAGCUCGGCUCAAUGUAAAGGCCUCGGCUGCUGAUUUCAAAGUCCGCCUCGCCAAAUGCAUCGAGGAGUAUAAUAUUCAGCCCGAAAACAUGUAUGCGGUAAAGGAGUGGGGAUUUAUCACCACUAAAUACGCAGAACAUCAGAAGAUGACACUCCAUCGACCAUCAAACCCCGAUCACGAACCCCGCAACUUGACUUCCACUAUUCUCUGCAUCUCCAGGAAGGGGAAGUUCCUGACUCCUUACCUCAUCAACAAGGGCAAGAAGUCUGCAGGUUUUGAAAAAAAGUCCAGAGUUUGGCUUGGCUCCAAUCCGAAUGGCUGGGCAGACAAAUUCGAUUUUGCGAAAUGGUAUGAGUACUUUGAGAGUAAAACGCGCGGAGGCUCAAAUCGCGAGUCCCGUCCAUGGCGGUUGUUGCUCGUCGAGGGUCACAGAUCUCCUGUUACGGAGCAAUGUUUUGUGAGGGCGCUCAAGAGGAAAAUUAUUAUAUUCUCAUAUCCAAGGCAUAAGGACAGUCAAUUGGACCCUUUUUGUUGUGGGGUGCUCGACUACCUUGAAAGGCGUUUUGUUGAGUGGUUGAGUCCCAGGUGGGAAGAACGGUCGACUCGCGGAGAGGAGAUUGUCGAGAUUGAAUCACUUGACCUUGCGGCUACAGUCAGUUGGCUUACCGUUGCUGGCAAGAAAGAUAGCACCUUGAAGGUAGAGCGAGAAACUGAGAUUCGCACAGCCUGGGUCAAGUGUAACCAGAAUUGGAUUCGGGGAGGAGACUCGAGUGCCUCCAAAGAAAUCAAAUCAACAGUUGUGAAGGAAGAGAAAUGGGAUAAGAAGAGUAUUGAGGAUCAUUCCGAAGGCGAGCGUACAGGAUUAUUGAAUGAAUUCUUGAUACACAACAAGACGGGGGAUUCCAGCUCCAUUCAGACGCAGACUACUAAGUUGGGCCCCUCUCAGCCAACUCCAGUAGAUGUGAUUUGUUUGGACAGCGGUUCAGAUCUCCCUAAUGAUAGCGCCAAGUCUGCAAAUCGUGGUCACAAGCGGUCGUGGUCAAAAGCUAUUAGGACGACUUCUGAGCCUCAAAACGGUGGCCGAACUGGAAUUCAGCCUAAGAAGCACCAGUCGAUAAAUCAACCACAAGCUACCUGCAAGUUGCAUCUGGAUCUCAAGGUCUCUCCGACCCUCGAGCUCCCUCUCAGCUGCAGGUUCCAUCUCAGCGGCGAGCUUCGCCUCGGCCCCAAACCGCUUCUCAGCGGCGAGGUGCAUCUCGACCGCCAACAUCCUCUCAGCCACAACGGCGUUCUCAAUCAAGGCCUCCCUCUCGACGGCGAGCUUUGUCUCCGCAAGAUACUGUCUUUCGACAGCAAGCUCCAUGUCAAUCAGAAGCUGCUUCUGAGCUACAAAGUCAUUCUGAGCCGCGCAUUCACCCUCAACGGCAAGUCUCGCCUUGGUCGCGAGCUGGCUCUCAGCCUCGAGGUCCAUCUGAACCGCAAGCUCAGCCUCGACCGCGAACACCCUUUCAAGGUCCAGCUUCCUCGCAGUGGCACGGUUCACAUCAGCAGCGAGUUCCCUUUCAGCAGCAACCCGCCUCUGAAAAGCAAAUUCCACAUCGGCAACGAACCGGGCAUCCGCCAAACGCUCCCUCCAAACCACGAGAUUUAA